AUGGGUGGAUAUAUGAAAGACCUCAAAUGCAACAGUGGGUACCUCGUUACUCCAAUUAUUUUUACACGAGUUGAUUUUGGAAUUCACAAUAGUAUAGAUGAAAUGACAGAGGGUACCAGCUGCAGUCCCAACAAACCGACUCUUAGGAUUGUUAAACAUAAUCACCAUGAAGAUGAUAGUCCUGGUUUGUUUUCAGCUUGGUACAGCAUGAUCCAAGACACCCCUCCCAGGACUUUGGAAGAUCUGGAGCUAGAGAACCUUAAGGCAGCUCUUCAAGAACUCAAGAAAUAG